AUGGCGGUGGACGCGCGAUCGUGGCGAGGGUUCGCGCGAGGGAAGGUGAACGGGAUGGGGGUGCGAUUGAGCGCGCUGUUGGUCUUAUUCUUGAGCUUCGUCGUCGUCACGGAGUGGGUGCGCGAUCGUGAAGGCGAGCGGUUCUCGGCGUUCACGCCGAGGUUGAUUCGGCAGCAAAGGGCGGUGGACGCGCGAACGGGAGAGCGGUUGAUGGUGUCGGGGGACGUGAACGCGAACGCGAGCGCGACGGGGCCGGACCCGUUUGAGGAUUUGCGAACGUACGUCGAUCACGGUGUGGUGAGGCUCGAGGCGGAGGUGUGCGGGUCGACCUCGCUCAUGGCUUUGACCGUGUUCGCGGUGUGCGCGAGCAUCGGGUUGAACGAUAUAAUGUGGACGCCGUCGAGGUCGAGGCGGAGUGUGAGCUCCACCGUGCUUUACAUUACGAUCGUCGCGUGUUACACGCACUAUUUGAUGGUCCAAGGUUCGGAUCUCCUGAAGCAAGGGGUCGAGGGGACGUAUUACUCGCUCCUGCGGUACCUCGAGUGGAUGAUGACGACGCCUGUUCUGUUAAUUUUGGUAUUUCAGCUGCACGCGCUCUGCGUCGGCGACGAAAGGGCGCCAUACAGGACGGAUAUGUGGUGCGCAUGCAUCGCCGAUGAAAUCAUGCUCAUCACUGGAUGGCUUACGAACGAGCUCUCGGGUAAAGUGCACGGAGUUUGUCUCACUAUUUCCAUGUUGUGCUUCACGUACGUCAUCUCGAGGUGUGUUGGACUGUUCCGGGAACUCCUCACAAGCAAUCUGGUAGCCGGCGAUCGCAUGCGAUUCAUCAUCCUCGCAUGCGCUAAGACAAUCUGUUGGACGUCGUUUCCGAUUGUUUACAUGGCGAAAGAGAUGGAAUUCAUCGACACGAGCGCCGAGCACGAGUGGUUUCUGAGUUGCGAUGUGUUGACAAAGGCGGUGUAUUGCUUGCUGCUCUCUGCUGGGAGCAUUCGCGUCUUGGACGUCACUCGAGACGAAGAAUUGGCCGACAUUGAGCGCUUGACGAAAAUGCAGCGCGAGUUCUUCUUCAAUAUCACCCACGAACUGCGGAUGCCGUUGAACUCUGUGAUUGGGUUUAACACUCUCGCCGUGGAAUCUGGCGAGCUCACGGAUGUCACGAACGGCUUCAUCAAGAACUCGCUCACUUCUGCCGAGGCGCUUCUCGGUUUGAUCAAUCAGGUGCUCGACUACGCGAAAUUUAACAGAAAAGGCGUCGAAGUUUCCGGAGGCCACGGCUUGGAAUUGUCCAAUGACAACUUCACUCUCGAGGAACUGAUAGACCAGACAUUGAGCAUCUGUCAGCGCGCGGAUUACACGGGCAACUUGUUUGUUCGCAUCGAUCCGAGUUUGUUCCCGAUGACGUACAUUUGUGACUUCUUUCGUUUACGGCAGUGUCUGGUGAAUUUGGUGAACAAUGCGUUGAAGUUUUCGAACCAUCUUGAUCGGCCCGGGUGCGUUAUGAUUGAUGUUCGCGGUUACCUCGACGAAUCAGAGGCUCACUUGACCUUUUCCGUGGAGGAUAACGGAGUGGGGAUUCCAGAAGAGAGACAGAGCGCAGUCUUUGUGCCGUUCAGCCAGCAAUCGGAUUACUCUGCGCUUCGAGUACAGGGCACCGGUCUCGGCUUGACCAUCACAAAGACCAUCAUCGAGCUCAUGGGGGGCACGAUUCAUUUCACGUCCAAGGAGGACGUCGGCACCAAGUUCAACAUUUCACUUCCCAUGGGGUACAAGUCGGCUGACAAGAUGAGAAUAGCGCCAAAAAAUCUCAUGGCACUCAUCGGCCUGCGCCCUGGACUGCAAAUGCGCACUCUUCGAAAUAUUUUGGCAUGCUAUCAGCUCAACGUGCGAGACAUGAUUGAAGUGGGUCUCGUGGGACAGGAUCGCGAGCAAGUGGAACAUUACAUUAUGCACGGACAUACAUCGAACAAACACGUUGUGUUGUGCAUCGAAGAGGAGCAGUACUUCCAGAACGAAGAUUGGUUGAAGUCGAUCAAGCCUGAACCGAAGAUCAUGAUUAUAUCCAAGUCUUCGCGAAUGAAGGAUUUACCGCACGUCGCCAACGUGCGAUCCAUCAUGAAACCUGUCGCCAUGAUGCCAACAAUCGAAGCUUUGGAAUACUUCUCCCGAGAGGGAGAGGGAGAAUGUUUCGUGGACGAGACAGAGUCGCAGGGGGUCGGUUCCAUAAUGAAGUCAGAAAGUGACACAGCGGCAAGCAAGUCCGCCACUGACCUUGAUGGAGACGUAGAUAUCAGCUCGAUGCGCGUGCUUCUCGUCGAGGACAACAGAAUGAAUCAGCAAGUCGCCAUUCAGAGCAUGAAAAAGUGUCGGGUGACCGUUGACGUGGCUGACAAUGGGUUGAUUGCGACACAGAUGAUAGAGGACACCAUUCACGGCGUCAUAGCGCCCUAUGACGUCAUAUUCAUGGACGUGAUGAUGCCAGUGAUGGAUGGGAAUGAGGCGACGAGGAAGAUUAGACAGAUGGAGAAGGAGGCGCCAGAGACAUAUAAGCGAAAUCUCAUCAUCGCGCUCAGCGCGAACGUUGGGCCCGAGCACACGAUCGCAGUGACGGAAGCUGGCUGUGACGGUUCUUUGGGAAAACCGUUUUACCCGAGCACGCUGAGACAGCUGUUAUAUUCCAUCUUCAUGGACGAGUACGAGGGGUUCGCCGCACAAGAGACCUUCUUUGCUCGUCCGGGAUAA